AUGUGCUAUGCAGUAAGUGAACACAGAUACGUCUCCAAACUUGUAUUUUUGUUCCUUGUUUCAGAAGACAAUGAUGAAGGUAGCUCACCUCAAGGAAGACAGAAAGGUUGGAGUACUUUCCGAGGUCAUUUUGGCAAGAGUACCCGUCGAUAUCAACGUGGUGGAUAUGAACUUCAAACUUCACACCCCCAUAAGGAUAAUGGAAAUGGGGAGAUGAGGGGAGUCCAGAAGUACCAAGCAAGACACACUCCCUAUACCUUGGGACACAACAAGAGGAGAGUGCAGUGGCAUAACAAAGGCCAUCUGUGUGUCACUGUGUGGACCAAUAGAAAACAUGUCAAGAGAGAAAUGGGGGAAAACACCCAAGAUCGAACCCUGGAGAGUUGGUUCAAGAUCACAGUUCCAUGUGCAAGAAAAUACGACAGGACAUGGCUAAUGGAUUCCAUUCAGAGCCAUUGCAGUGUCCCCUUCAUUCCAGUGGAGUUUCACUAUGCACAAAACAGGGCGCGGUUCUUUGUCCAGGAUGCUAGUGCUGCCUCUGCCUUGAAGGAUGUCAGCUACAAGAUUUGUGAUGAGGAGAACCAAAAGAUUGCUAUUUUUGUCAGUACUUCUGCUGUACCCUACUCUGUGCAGGAUAAACUGAAGCCAGAAGAAAUGGAGCAGCUAAAGCUGACCAUGAACAAACGAUAUGAUGUGUUCCACAAAGCUCUUGACCUUCAUAAGCUUCGCUUUGACCCAGGCUUUGCACACCUUGAUAUUGAUAUAAUCCUGAAUCGGAGAAGCUGCAUGGCUGCCACCCUGCAGAUCAUCGAAAAGAAUUUCCCUGAGCUGUUGUCCUUGAACUUGUACAACAACAGACUGUACCAGCUGGAUGGCCUGUCUGAUAUUAUACAGAUGGCUCCCACAGUCAAGAUCCUGAACCUCUCCAAAAAUGAGCUGAAAUCCACCUGGGAGUUGGGCAAGAUCAAAGGCCUGAAGCUUGAAGAGCUGUGGCUGAAAGAUAACCCUUUGUGCCGCACCUUCCCAGACCAAUCCACAUACAUCAGAGCCAUCAGGAAAUGUUUCCCCAAGUUGUUACGCUUGGAUGGCCAGGAUUUACCCCCACCAACUACUGUUAACAUUGACAGACCCUACAUAAACAAGCCAUUGAAGGAAAGUUGUAAAGGAUCUGAUGUUCUGAAGACUCAAGUCCUGCAAUUCCUACAGCAAUAUUACUUGAUCUAUGACUCUGGAGACAGACAGCAUCUCCUUGGUGCUUAUCACGAUGAAGCCUGCUUCUCCCUGACCAUUCCCUUCAGCUGGGAUGACCCAGCCACAAGCAGCUUGUUUGAGUACUUCAAGGAUAACAGGAAUAUGAAGAACCUCAAGGACCCAAACCUGUGUUUUCAGCUGCUGAAACAUACAAAACAUGACAUUGUGAGCUCCCUCUGUGUGUUGCCAAAAACUCAGCAUGACCUCAGCUCCUUCCUGGUGGACAUGUUCUUCCAGUCGGAAAGUCUGCUCUUCUUCUGUGUCAGUGGGGUGUUCAGGGAAGGUGAGUAAAGUUCUCAGGGUUCUGUUCGUGCCUUCACCCGGACCUUCAUCGCCACCCCUGCCGGCAAUUCCAGUCUGUGUGUUGUGAACGAGGAGCUGUUUGUGAGGGAUGUCACCCCCACCAAGACUCAGAGUGGAUUGACCACCCAAGUGCCCACACCCUCCAGCAGCACUGGGCCCACCCUGUCUCAGGAGCAGGAGGAAGUGGUACAGGUUUCCUCCAUUCUAUCUGGGAUGAGCCUCUAGUGGUCUUGGAAAUUCCUGUCAGAUGUCUUCAUGAAGCUCAUCAUGUUGUUGAGAAAAAGAAAUGCAUACAUGAGAGUUACAGAAAGAUAUAAGAAUGUGAAGGAUAAAUUCCAAUGGGCUCAAACAAUGGAACAGUUCUUGGAGAUUUCAGCUUUGUGA